AUGUCGCGAGGGGACGAGGUUCCAACCCUGAUGCAUCGGCCUUUGUUUGGCGGUAUUUGGAAUAUACAGGAUGCCGGGAACUCAGAAAGUGGCAGUGGCAGGGAAGCAGACGACGCUGCGGAUGUCUUAUACCAGAUCUCAAGCAUUCGGUCAAGCGAGGAAGCAGUUGAGGUGAUUACGCAGUGUUUGAUCCACCGGAUCAGUAAGGCACUUGCUAUUCCAUUGAAGAACUUGGACGCGGGCAAGUCGAUCAAUGACUACGGCGUCGAUUCUCUGGUAGCGGUCGAGCUGCGCAACUGGUUUGAGGCGAAACUGCAGGCUGAGGUUGCAGUCUCCGAGAUUCUGGGGAAUGUUACAUUUUGGGACUUGGCAGUCUUGGUGGCUGGGAAAAGUAAAAUUGUUGCGAAGCGCUUGACGGAAGGGUCUGUUUAA